AUGCUCGGGAUUGUCACCAGAGUUUCGUACAAGUUCGUUAUCUUACCGGCCCUCACGUGGACUGGUCGUGUAAGCCGGCUUACCCAAAAGGUCUCUUCCUCUUCCUCUAUCUUCUUCAUGACAUUUUCACGACCUUAUGACAAACGAAACGUGCACACGAGUGUCAUAAUCGCUCUUAGCUCGUCCUUGCCGCCCAGCAGGACCAGUGGCCUCUCUACACCCCGCCUCUUGCCCCUCUUCGCCCUCGUGCCUCUCCUAGUGAACCCAGUCGGCGCUUCUCCGGUAGACACACAAGUGUUGGAGAGAAGGGACGACAAGGAAUUGUCUCCAAAAAUCUGGGUUCCGAUUGUGGUCGUAGUGAUCAUCCUCUUCAUCGUCGCGGUCAUGUCAUGGAUGAAGAUAUCGCUCAAGAAAGUACUGGGAGUGUUCAGGUUCUCGAACUCCACAUCCUCAGGUGCAAGGACGACCACAGUGCUCACUGCUGAGCAGCUUGCUGGGCCAGCUUCAACGACAACAAGAGAGCUCACGGCGGAGCAAUUGGCUGGCACUAUAAAUGGGGAAAAUCAGCCUCCUGCUGCAACUGCGAGGCGCACUCGAAGGACGCGUCGAACUAGGCGUACGCCGUCUCAAAUGUCGGUUACCUCUCUCCCAGCUUACAAUAAGGAACCGGGUGAGGAGGAGCUGGUCAUCUUUCGCGGUCGGGACAUGGAGGAUGCAACAAUGCCGGCUGCGGUUGUGAUGAACUCUGUAGAUGAGGACCGAGACGAGUCCAUCCUCUCGAAUGACAACUCUCAAGUCUCUAGAUACUCGCCUAUGCCCGCGACGACUAACGAGAUGCCGUUGCUCCAUAGGGACGGCAUCUACGGGGACCUUUCUCUCCAAAGCUUGUCAUCUCCCGAACAAGAUCAGCCCCCACGGCGCAGUUUCGACAACACUUCUCAUGAAACCAGUUCCCUAAUGCGCAUAGAAAGUAAUCAAUUGCCUCAAGGCCUCCCAGAUCCAAGAGGGGACGCGCCUGCAUAUUUCGAGGUUCUCGACCAGGAAUCCUCGCCCAGUCCUCAUGGGCAAUCUGAUGCUACUCCUGCACAACCCGCUUCUCCAGAAUCCCGUCCUCAACGGCAGUCUGGGUUCCGCACCCUCCUCACCCGAAUGUCGAUUGUAGCCCACCCCAAUUCUCAUAAUCGAGGAGACUCGGCGGGGUCGGGCAUCUCUUCCGAUCAAUCCCAUGGCGCUGAGUCGUCGAAUAGUCGACACCGUGCAUCCCCUUCCACUUCCUCCAUUCUAUCCUCCUCAAUGUUCCGAACCCUGUCGCGGCAAAAAUCUAUCCACACACUCAAUUCUGCUCGGCUCAAUUCUCCAUCCAUGAUAUCUCUCAAUUCUAUUUCAGCUCCGCUUACACACACCGCCGUACGGACAGAGUUCACUUAUCCAAAAACUGGACCGACACCCGAACAGCUCAAGUUAAUAUCGUCGAGGGAAUCGUUUGCACGGUUCGGUGUCCCAUAUGGGGCUGAUGCCAUUGCAUACGCUGCCUCAACUUCGCGUCUCGAUUUGUUGUCACCCCCUCCUGAUUUUGAAACGGCUUCGUCCGAUAUUCAGUCGCCGCGUUCUGCGGCUGGUCCUUCAAGGCUGCGAUCGUCAAGUAAUGCGCCCGAACCACAAGACCGACACUCGACAGCAGAUGUUGAGGAGCGAGACAGGACAAGUUCAGAACGCAACCCUGACGAAAGUGACACACAGCCACAGCCAUCGUCAACUACAGGUCCUGCGAACGCCUCAAACACAUCAAGGCAAGCCACAGAUCCACCUACUUCGGGAACUCCAGCACCGUCUGCGUCGUCAAUACCAACGAAUCACAACUCAAUGUCCAAGGCUUCAGUCCAGUCUCAAAGCGCUGAUUCUCCGCCAUCAACUGCACAAAUACCUGCACAAGCUGUGUCGGAGUUCGGCAAACUCUCAGCACCUCCGCCCAGCUCCUAUCAUGACGUUACUGCUGGAUCAAGCCGUUCAGAGUCGGCAUUGAGCAUGUACUCGUACGCAACGGCAGCUGAAUCACUGACAGCGUCGACGCCCAGGCGUUCGUCCUUCGUCAGCACAGACGAUGCUGCCUUGAAUAUUGCGCCAUCGACACCGCGGAUCGGCCAGCACAUAUUAGAGGCGACGGAUGCGACGGUGACGCCUAAUACUAUCCGGAAUUAG